AGACCACGCCCUCUGCUGGUGAGCACGACGUAGUUCUCUCUGCGUAGUAGUUUUUCGUGUUUCAAAGAAAAUGGCGGAAAGCGAGCUCAACGUUGACAGCAUCAUCUCUCGAUUGCUUGAAGUGCGAGGAUGUCGUCCAGGGAAGAUAGUCCAGAUGACGGAGGCGGAGGUGCGGGGGUUGUGCAUCAAGUCCCGGGAGAUCUUCCUCAGUCAGCCCAUUCUACUGGAGCUGGAGGCUCCGCUCAAAAUCUGCGGUGAUAUCCAUGGCCAGUACACAGACCUGCUGCGGCUCUUUGAGUACGGGGGCUUCCCGCCGGAGGCUAACUACCUGUUCCUGGGAGACUACGUGGACCGAGGCAAGCAGUCCCUGGAGACCAUCUGUCUACUGCUGGCCUACAAGAUCAAAUACCCCGAGAACUUCUUCCUACUCAGAGGCAACCACGAGUGUGCUUCCAUCAACCGCAUCUACGGUUUCUAUGACGAGUGCAAACGCAGAUUCAACAUAAAGCUGUGGAAGACCUUCACAGAUUGCUUCAACUGUCUGCCCAUUGCCGCUAUAAUCGAUGAGAAGAUCUUCUGCUGCCAUGGAGGUCUCUCUCCUGAUCUACAGUCCAUGGAGCAAAUUCGACGCAUCAUGAGGCCAACCGAUGUCCCUGACACAGGCCUGCUGUGUGAUCUGCUGUGGUCGGAUCCAGACAAAGACGUGCAGGGCUGGGGGGAAAACGACCGGGGCGUCUCCUUCACCUUCGGGGCCGACGUGGUCAGCAAGUUCCUCAACCGCCACGACCUGGACCUCAUCUGCAGAGCCCACCAGGUUGUUGAGGACGGCUAUGAGUUUUUUGCCAAACGGCAGCUGGUGACGCUGUUCUCGGCUCCCAACUACUGCGGGGAGUUUGAUAACGCUGGGGGCAUGAUGAGCGUUGACGAGUCCCUCAUGUGUUCCUUUCAGAUUUUGAAGCCGUCAGAGAAAAAAGCUAAGUACCAGUAUGGAGGGGUGAACUCGGGACGCCCCGUAACCCCGCCCCGUACUGCCCAAGCCCCCAAGAAGAGGUGAGCGUCUGGCCCCACCCCCCCGUCACACAUCCUCCUCGCACCCUUACCCCUGCUGUCCCCUGCAACGUCCUGUCCCCUCCCUCCCAUCUAUAGGAAGCGCUCUAGCCCCCCCUGACCUCUUUCAUAUAUGUGUAAAACAUAAAAUCUUUGCUGUGAACGUUUGUUUUUUUUUGCUUGUUUGUUGGUAUUUUUAUUCAUAAUGUAAGUGACUUGUGGUUUUUCAAUGCUAUGAAAUGUGUUGCUCAGGUUAAGGUGCAGCAAUACGAUACAAAACUUUUGUGGAAAGGGGCAACACGUUUGGAACGGACGCUUUUCUGCCUUCAAACAUAGUAAAAAGUAUAGCUUUUUAUUUGAGUGAGGUGGGUUCUUUACCCCCAGCCAACAACGUUGACUCUUCCAGACCUAUAACGUUUCCAGACCCUCGCAUUUUCCCUGCUAAUGCGUAUGUAACCUUCUCACAAUAUUACUAAUAACAUGCCAUUUUCCUCCCACAUUUUGGCUACAGUAACUGAGGGGAAUGGUUUAGCCUCCUAGUGAGUUUGGAGAAUGUCAUUUUCACCCUGUUGGACUCCAUGUUCUCUUUAUGCGGACACUAAUGAAGUAUUAACAAAAAUUACUUUGAAAGUACUCGUACAAAUGCAUAUUAUCAGAACCAUACAAAGUGACGGUAUAUACACACGGGGCAUGUAUUGCGUACAGAGAAGUACUAGUACAGUUAAGGUCGUUUGUACUAACUCAAAGGGCUCACAAAUGGGUGUUCCAAAUGCCUGUUGGUUUUGAAUCGAGCCCUUCCAGCCUCUUCUUAUCCACUGAACCUGCUUCCAUUGCUGAAGACUGUUUGUUAUGGACAUUGCUUUUACUGUAUGCCUGUGAGAAUGCAUAGAUGGUUGUGGCAUGGGAAGUUAAAGGCAAGAUUCAAAGGCACCUGAUUUCAAUUGGUGUUCAGUAGCCUAUUAUUUUUCUCACACACACACACGACCAGUUGGCUCCACAAGACUAUUACCCGUUUUUUUUUUGGUUUUUUUUAACUUAUGAGCGGUUAUCAGCAUUGCCCCUGCAGUUCUUGUAAACAUGAAAUAUUACACACAGGGGUCAAGCGCAUGUUUACCAAGCUCGCAGAGAUGGCACUUUUUACUCGGCAGUAUGUUACUUAGACAUUGCUGCCCCCUAGUGGUAGAUUGACCGCCUAAAAGAGGCUGAAGACGUCAACUAGCAAGGCAUCUGAAUGCAUGAGCCAGUGAGUAUAUCUACUUGGUGGACCUUUCCUGUAUGCUGAUUCCAAUAUCUGGUUCAGAAUUAUUAUUCUCAUCCAACUAAUGAUCUUACUAAGGAAUAUUUGAAAUAACAUUUUAGUUUGAGUUAGGGCAUAUCUCGCCUUUUUGCCUUGUUCUCAUCUAUCGGCUCUAUUCAAGUUGGAAACUCAUUGUUUUAAACAGUUUUGAGAUUUGUACAAGUUUGUUUCAGAAUCUUUGAAUGGAAUAAAUGGAACAGUGCUGUUGA